AUGUCAAAUCACAAUGCACCCCGCGACAUCCCCAAGCCGGCCUCCGUCGACGAGUUCCUCGUCAAGAAUGGCAAGAAGAAGAAGUCCUUCAUGUCGGGCCUCUUCCGCAAGAAAGGGAGGAGCGCGGACAAGAGGCUGCUCUCGCUGAGGGACCGGGACGUCGUCUUCGAUUUGGAGGGGAAAAGCGGCGAAGCGAUCGAGUUCUUGGACGCGUCCCCUGCUGCCGUCCGCAAGAGCUUCUCAGAUCGCCAUUGCACGACGCGGAUCGAGAACCUGAGCCUGAGCUGCCUGAAUUCGCCCAGGGGACCGAAUGUCGAUACCCGGGAAUACCGGGUGUUUGUAGGCACAUGGAACGUGGGAGGGAAGCCUCCUGACAGCAGCGUUAACCUCGAAGAAUUCCUGCAGAUUGAAGGAUUGCCUGACAUAUACGUCUUGGGGUUUCAGGAGAUCGUCCCUCUGAACGCCGGCAACGUGCUGGUCGCCGAGGACAACGAGCCGGCGGGCAAGUGGCUGGGCCUCAUCUACCAGGCCCUCAACAAGCCGCAGGCCCAGGACGGGCAAACCUCCGGCGACGAGCUCUCGCCGCCGGAGUCCACCUCCUCCCAGCAGAGCAACCGGCACGGCGGCCGCGACACCACCAGCGCCAUCCCCAAGUCCGCCAGCGGCGGCCUGCUCUUCCCCCCGAAGCCGUCCUUCAAGGUGGUCAACAAGAGCUACCGCGUCGACAACGCGCUGGUGAAGACGUGCACCUGCAUGUCCGACCCGUCCACCAUGCAGCGCCGGGCGCGGGAGAUGCGCGAGUUCCUCUACCGCGUCGAGGCCGCCGCCGCCUCGCCGGGCCGCGGCGCCGACGACGACGGCGGCGCGCUGCCGAUCGAGGGCGGCGACCAGAGGGGCGGCGGCACCAACUACUGCCUCAUCGCUCGGAAGCAGAUGGUCGGCAUCUUCCUGUCGGUGUGGGUGCGGCGGGAGCUCGUGCAGUACGUCGGCCACCUCCGGGUGGACUGCGUCGGCCGGGGCAUCAUGGGCCGCCUCGGGAACAAGGGAUGCGUGGCGAUGAGCAUGACGCUGCACCACACGAGCAUCUGCUUCGUGUGCUGCCACCUGGCGUCCGGCGAGAAGGAGGGCGACGAGGUGAGGAGGAACUCCGACGUCGCCGAGAUCCUCAAGUGCGCGCAGUUCCCGCGCAUCUGCAAGGUGCCCGGCCAGCGGAUCCCUGAGAAGAUCAUUGACCACGACCGGAUCAUAUGGCUCGGGGAUCUGAAUUACCGAAUCUCGUUGAGCUACGAGGAGACGAAGAUGCUGCUAGAGGAGAGUGACUGGAACACUUUACUGGAGAAAGACCAGCUGGCGAUCGAGAGACAAGCGGGGAGAGUGUUCAAGGGGUGGAAGGAGGGCAAGAUCUACUUCGCGCCGACAUACAAGUACAGGCAGAACUCAGAUUCAUAUGUAUGGGAGACUGCGAAAUCGAAGAAGAAACGACGAACUCCGGCAUGGUGUGACCGGAUACUAUGGCACGGCCAGGGGAUCGAGCAGCUGCAGUACAUCAGAGGCGAGUUCAGGCUCUCCGAUCACAGGCCCGUCUGCAGCGUGUUCGUGGUCGAAGCCGAUGUAGAUAGUGGGAGCAAGAUCAGGAAGGGUUACUCAACUCUAGACGCCAGGAUCCAUUGCGAGUCCCCCGCCAUACCCAAGAGACACAGCUUCUAUGAUGACUUUUGAAAUUUUGACUGGUGACAGUAGUGUUGUCUAUAAUAUAGCUUACAAAGAUCAGAAAUGUGUGUAGUGAAAAGGCUGAAAUUUUUCAAGCCUGGCACUUGUCUUGUACCAAGUGGUAUAUACUAACUGAAAGUAAAUGGUGGUUACUGACCGGAAUACAAGUGAACAAUGGUUUUUCACCAAACAGCUGCUGGCGGAAAGUGCUUGUGGUCUUGCUGGGUACAGAAAAUGCCAGCCAGAUAGUACUUCGAUUCAGAAAACACAUUGACAUAGCAGAAACUCAACACAAGUGGG